AUGUCUUUAGACAGCACGGCUCAUCCUCCUAUGUCAACUCAUAUACCCUCAUGCUCGUCUUGCUCAGAUGAUGCGUCUGCAUCAGAGAAAGUACACGCCAGCGAUUGCGCCUCUCUUGAUUAUCAUGACGAGAUCCAGAAAGCCCCGAACUACUCGGUAUCUCGACUGCUUUUCGUACAUAUCGGGGCUGCAAUGACACUUUUUCUUGCUACAACAGAUUCUACCAUUGUAUCAACAUCUCUACCAACAAUUGCUAGCGAACUCCACGCCACCCAGACUCAAUAUACUUGGGUUGGAGUUGCGUAUAUGCUGACACAAACGGCUUUUCAACCCCUGUACGGAAGGCUAUCCGAUUUGGUAGGGCGAAAGAACGUUCUGUAUGUCAGCAUUAUGAUUUUCGCCCUCGGAUCCUUGCUGUGCGGGGCUGCAAAGACUAUCAUGUCCCUGCUAAUCUCCCGUGGUCUGGCCGGUCUCGGUGGCGGUGGUAUCGUCAGUUCUGUUUGGGUCAUCACAUCGGAGAUCGUCGAACCAAAGAGUAGAGCAAAGUGGUCUCAGGCUCUUAGUGUGACUUGGAGCUGUUCUGCGGUUGCGGGCCCAAUACUCGGAGGAUUAUUCAGCAAUGGCUUCUCAACGACAAUCAGCUGGAGAUGGGCUUUUUACAUGAACUUGCCCGUAUGCCUUUUCGCAUUCUUGCUGCUCUCAGUGUCAUUGCGAGAUGUAACCCUCGCGCGCGCUCAGCACGCAUCAUGGAAAAACUUCAUUAAAAAGUUUGAUUUUCUCGGACUUCUUCUCUUCAUGCUGGGUACCAGCUGCUUGGUUAUUGGUUUCAGUUUCGCUAUGAGUACUGGCUGGACAUCUCCAUCGACGCUCCUGCUGGUCUGUCUUGGCCCCACGAUUCUAGCUUGUGGCGGCUUCUAUGAAGUGCACACCACACGCGAGGCAUUGUUUCCGCCUGCCACAUUUAAAAAUCUGACUGUUGUGAUCAUUCUGGCCGUCACAUUCCUUCACAACUUUGCGUUCAACGCAGGCACAUUUUAUCUUGCACUCUACUUCCAAGCCGUGAAUGGUAUGACCCCAUUGCAAGCCGGUGUGCAGAUGUUGCCAUAUUCACUGGGAUCGUCAUUGGCUUCGAUGCCAGCCGCCUGGUUUAUUGGAUUCUGGCAAAAGCGGAAAAACGACACCAGCGGACAAAAAUGGACGAUCGUCAGUGGACUAGCGGUAUCCACGUUAGGUUUCAGUCUCUUGAUAACACUCCAGGAUACCUCCCCGCACGUCACGCAGAUUUGUUUCCCUCUUAUUGCUGGUAUUGGGAUCGGUUUGCUUUUCCACGCGCCUUAUCAGGUCUUUGUGAAGGCUUUGCAUCCGUCAGAGCUUGCUACAGGGACUAGUGCAUUUUUCCUGGUAAGAUUUACAGGAGCUACCAUUGGCCUAGCGGUUGCUGGGAUGGUAUUCGAUAAACAACUAUCUCACGCUUUACCUAUCGAAUACCAAAUUCAGGGAUCAUCGUCCAUCAAUUGGAGAUUGUUGAGUCUUAUCGAGCCGCUCUCGUUGAGAAAUGAGGUCUUGAGUGCUGUGGCACUGGCCAUUCAGAGCGUCUGGAUCGUUUCCGCUCCUCUACUAGGCGUGGCUAUGGUGAUCUCGCUGUUUAUGAAGUGCUUUUCGGUAGAAGCUACAAAUCACCAUGAUGCCAACCAGGAAAAAGAUUUACACCAAAAGUCGCGUGUCGGUUCACCUCAGCCGCCCAAUGAAGUUUAG